GAUUGCCAUCUUUACCCACGUCUUUGUUCCCAAUAUGUCACUUGGCGCUCUGCCACCUCUCUCGCCGACAUAUUUCCUUAUAUUCUUUUCCAUCUGUACCUAUCGAUCCCCAUGCACUUCUGCCAUUUGCUAUCUUGGGUCAUGUCAAGCUUCUCUCCGCACUGCCUUUGCGUCCCUCAAGGCCUCAACUAUAGAUCCAGAUAGGCACGACGACGUGCCUCAAAGACCCACAGUAUCGGUGUGAAUGUAGCUAUGGGGUGUGAGUUCUCUUGUAUUGUUGUUUUAUUUUCGUACCUUGGCCGUCGCCUUGAAUUCAUCAAAGGCCCUUGGUCUUCGUGCACAUGCCACCCACCUUUGGAUAGCU